AUGAACCCUACCCCAUCAAACUCUUUCCAUUUGUCAAACUUGGGUACUUUCAACACCCAACAGGCCAAUCUUGCUAGCAAAGAGGAAUUCAAUGUAUGGGGCUGGAAGAGACAAAUGGAAAGUGCAGAAUCAAAGAAAGGUGGUGCCGCCAACACUUUGAAGGGAACCUUAGGUCCAGCAUCUUGUGCUGUGAAUAUUACCGCUCAACCCAUCAUUGCCGGAACACCAAAAACAUUUACCUCUGAUCACGGUGCAAAAACAUUCUCCAGCUUUAUCAACACUCAGGCACCUGAUUGGCCAGUCGCUUUUACAAGAGAUGCGUGGAACGACAUCAUUUUGUUCUGCAACAACAAUUUGAAGUUCACCUUCGAAAACCAGUGUUCAAUGUAUCACAUCUUCCCUCUGCCGAUAAUUUUUUUGGAUCAGUACAUAUCUCUGGGGGUAGGAAAAGACCACAUGUCAUAUGAUCAGAUCCGUAUUCAUGUGGACGCAAAGGCCAACAAAAAGGCUCAACAGGGCCCUUUGGCAAAAAUCAACAUCACCUUGAUUUUCACCCCAGGGGUGUACUUGCAGACUGUUUCUCAAGACAAAUAUGACCAGUUGAUCACCAUUUCCAUGGGUCUUACUCUGAAGGAGUACCUACACAAUCAGCCUGAAGUUAAAGAUAGCUCAAACAAAUCUCAUCAGACUUCUCAGAAAAAGAGGCCUUCCAACUCAACCUCCGCUGGCAGUGAGGGCUCAACGUCCUUCAAACUAAAUAUUCCACAAUCUACAAAGGUGGCCACUACGACAAAGACAAAUUCAAGACUGCUCUCCGCCAAUCACUUGACGACACUACGGUCCUAUCAGCAUCCUCUUCAAAGAAGCAAUAGCCCUCCUGUGUGGUGGUUUGAUCCAGCCAACAAAAACCUCCCACUUUUUGGAGCCAACACUAGAACGUCUGUAACUCUAGAAUUGGACAGUGUUACUAUGAGCCACUGCAAUGUUGGCAACAUCAACAUGCUCUCUGGCGUCUUAGGCUGUGAAGUUGCGGUUCCCAUCUCGGCUGCCUGGGCCAAUUCCACCCGUGCUCCCAUUUGGAAAAAUGUUAUUCUCCUUGCUAUACAUGUUGAACCGGUAGCUAAUGGUCUUGAGAUACGUGAUCUCGAAGAGACAUUAAGCUUGCCAAGUGACCCGUUGUUCAAGACAAUUCGACAGGCAGACAUAUCCGUCAGGCCAUGGCGGGUAAGCUGUCACGUGGAUUUGAGUGACCCACACCCAUCAAGUGUGUCCAAAGAACAAUUCGGCGGACAAAUACUUUUUGAUGGUUCCUUGUUAAAUGUCUUGGCAAGAAAGCACAUGGAGGAGAACUCACUGUUGAACUACCUAGAGGAGCUGCAGACAAACUGUCAAGCACGGAAAUUACUAUAUGAUUUCCAAGAAUUCGUGGCUGGUCAUUCUGGGACAAAUCCUUUGUUGGCAGCCCUUGUCAAAAAUUUGGAGGUGCAUGUGCUUUUCUAUGGCUUCAUGUUUAUAACAUUGUAG